GAGCUUCUGAGACCACCUCCAGAGACCAUGUUUAAUGUGGAAACAAGUUCCUCUUCUGCCAGGAACGUUAUCCGGAGCUCCAGUAUCAGCGGGGAGAUGUACAACAUCGAGAAGAGCAGUGGGGGCAACCCAGACUCAGCUAGUCUCUCAUCCAACAAGAAGAGGCGGUCCAGCCUUGGGGCCAAGAUGGUGGCCAUCGUGGGGCUGUCCCAGUGGAGCAAAAGUACAAUGCAGCUGAACCAUCCUGAUGGAGGCCCAAAGAAACUUCGUAGCAAUAUCCGUCGGAGUACAGAGACCGGGAUUGCUGUGGAGAUGAGAAACAGGGUAACGCGACAAGGCAGCCGUGAGUCGACUGAUGGUAGUACCAACAGCAACAGUUCUGAUGGUUUAUUUUCCCUUCCUACAACCCGGCUGGGAGCCGAAAGCCAGUUCAGCGACUUCUUAGAUGGGCUGGGGCCAGCACAAAUCGUGGGACGGCAGACCCUAGCUACUCCGCCAAUGG